AUGUCUUAUUCUAUUGACUUUGAAACUAUGCCAGACUCACAAUACUUAGUUAGUUUAGAGAGUCGGCACCGUGACGAAACAGAAUUCAAUGAGGAAGAUAUACCUGCGGAGUAUGAAUGUGAACCGAAGCAAGAAGAAACGGACAACAAGAGCUCUGAAGAUGAGCAGAACAAUAGUAGCAAUAUAGCACUCCUAGGACUGCCAGAGUUUGAGCUGAUGCAAAAUACUCGUGGACUUAGUAAAAGUCAUGUAACAUUACCAUUUGAUUUACAAUUAGGUUCCAUUAAGUCACUUACACUUUUUGAGUUAUUUUUUUCUAAUACAUUACUACAGACAAUAGUUGAGAAUACUAAUAACUAUGAACAAAUAAAGGACAGUGAAGGUGGCCGCUCGUGGAAACCUUUAACAUUAAAUGAGUUAAAAAUAUGA